GUUACCUGAUAUAUUUGAUAGGGGAAACAAAUCAACAAUAUAUAAUUUAUCAUAUUUAUCGUUAUUUCUUCAAUUAAAAUAAAUAUAUAUAAACAUAUACACAAAUAUAAAUAAAUAAAGCAAGUUAAUGAGUUCAGUUCCUGUAGUAUUAAGUGACGAUGAAUGCUUGAAAGAAGUAUACAAUUAUAAUAGUAUCACUGCAACUUGUAAUAGUAACAUAUAUAAUAAAAAUAAUCAUCAACAUGACUAUGAAGAAGAAAUUGAAGACGACGAUGAUGACACUAUUCUAUCAAGUCAUGCUAAUACAAUCUUUCCGACUAAUUCAAGACAUUCUACUGAUAACUAUAGUCUUCCAACUUCCUCUAUAAGUCAUGUUAACUAUAACAGGAAAAGAUAUAAAUCAUUUCGAAAGAAAAGUAGUGUAGUUGUUAGUCAAGGAAUGAAUUUUAUACGAAAAAUGAAAUGGAAAUCUAACGGUAGUGAUGAACAAGUGAAUAAUAGUGGUGAUGCUAUCAACAACCAUGAUUUACAACUAAACAUCGAUCACUAUUAUCAUCAGUCAUUUAAUCAACAUCAACAACAGGAUAAUACACCUCAAAAUCAUGUUAUAGAACAUAAAGAAAGUUUAUCUGUAUCAACUCAUAAUUUACCACACAUACAUAAAAGAGAUUUAACCCUCUUAAAUACUUAUGCUGAACAAUACACUCGAGCACUUCAUGCCCCAUCUCGUUUUUUACCUCAAAAUCAAGCUGUCUUCACAACUAAAUCAGAUGGAACAAUUCUAUUAUUCAAUGAUAUUGCUUCUCUUUGUUUUAAAAUCGACAAGUCUUAUAUCGGGAGAUCUAUCUUGACAUCUUUGUUAGAAUACCCCUUUCGAAAACAAAUUACAAACGUGUUGAAUCGUAGAAAGAGAAAAAAUACUAAUCCACCUCAGAAAUCGUUAUGCUCUGAUAAAAAAGGAUUAGUACUUGUUUGCGGUACCAUAAUACCCUUUAUUAAAGCAAAUGGAGUGAAAUCAGUUGCUACUUUAUGGUUAAAGGAAAAAAAUACAGAUAAUGAUGAUCAUAUCUAUAUUUGGAUAUUUGAAGAAAUCUAUGAAACAUCACUAUCUGUCUAUGUAGAUUCUGAGUGCACAAUACGUAGAGUAUUAGGCACAAUGCUGAAAAUCUAUAGAUAUAAGGAAAAGGAGGUGUUGGGUAAACAUGUCAACUGUCUUAUCCCAUCUCUCUCAAAACAGCAACAACGCUGUGAUGAAAAUUUAGAAACCAUUGAUCGACUCAAGUUUUUUGGAAGUCAGUCUAGUCAAGGUAUAUCCAUCCCUGUCAUGUUAACCUUAAACCGUCAUGUAGCAAUGGGUGAUGAUGACUUGGCAAGGGCUGUUAUCAAGAUGACUUCCUUGCCUUCUAUCACUGGCUCCAUGUUCAUUUCUCGAACGAGUGGUCUCGUCACCUUGAUAAGCCCUGUACCCGCUAAAUACUUGUUUGGACGCCCUGAAGCAAUUGAACAAAAGCGAACCUAUGCUCAUGAACUCAUUCCUCUUUUACCUACUCUUAUUAACAAAAUACCCCCUGGUGCAACUCUUGUUCAACAUGCUUUAUGCUUAGAACUACUGGAAAGGGAUCCGAUUCAAGAACCUGCUGUUAUCUAUGCUGUUCAUCGAGAUGGAAGCCAAUUUGAGGUGGAGAUUCAACUCAAGAUGAUGAAUAAUGACUCUGAUCGGAUUGAAGUCCUCAUUACUUAUGACCGUCUUCAUGCCAUGUCAAAAUAUGAAAAGAGAAAGAAUCAUUUAAAUGAGUCGGCAAGGAUGAUACAAGAGGAGGAAAAGAAGGAUAAUAAUCAUGGCAAAGAAGAGCAAGAUGAGAAUAACCAAUUACAAAAUCAGAGUAAAUUGACUCGUAAUAGACCUGCAAUGCGUUCCUUAAGGAUAAGUUCCUUUGGUGCAGUCGACGAAAAUCGCAAGCUUUUCCCUUCUCAGACAUGUAUCAGUACAAACAAUGAUAUUAAGCAAUUAUCACCAUUAAGUAACAAUAGAAAUAGUACAAAACGACAUCAUCAUCACCCACUUGAUGAUUACGUAAUUUUGGAAGUACUGGGUCAGGGAACCUAUGGUAUGGCUAAGUUAGCCUUUCGAAAAGAUGAUCCAUCUCAGAAGAAACUUGUAAUCAAGUAUAUUAUCAAAGAAAAAAUUAUCAUAGAUUCUUGGAUUAGAGAUCGACAAUUAGGUUCUAUUCCAAUGGAAAUUCAUAUCCUUAGAACACUUCAAAAAUACCCACAUGUUAAUUGUUGUAGAUUAGUUACAAGCUUAGAGGAUGAAGACCAUUAUUUUUUGAUCAUGGAACUAUUGGGCACUGGCAUGGAUUUAUAUGAUUAUAUCGAGAAAAAUAAGAGUAUGACAGAAGACACGAUUCGAAACAUCUUUUAUCAAGUGGCCAAUGCAAUUAAACAUCUUCACGAUCACUGUAUCGUUCAUCGUGAUAUCAAAGAUGAAAACAUUAUCUUGGACCAAAAGGGGCAAAUUCAUUUAAUUGAUUUUGGAUGCGCUACUUAUUAUAGAAAGAAUCGAAAGUUUGAUACAUUUACAGGAACACUAGAGUAUUGUGCGCCAGAGGUAUUAAAAGGCCAACCUUAUGCAGGGCCACCUCAGGAUAUUUGGGCAGCGGGUGUCCUGCUAUUUACAUUGAUCUAUCGAGAGAAUCCAUUUCAUAAUAUAGAUGAAAUUAUGGAAAAGGAACUCACUGUGCCUUAUAUACUGUCUGAAGAUUCCCUUGACCUUUUGAAAAAAAUAUUAGAGAGAGAUAUUGGAAAAAGAAUCAAUAUUGAUCAAGUAUUAAAUCAUUCAUGGUUUCGAAAUAUGAAAUAAUAACACUUUUUUACUUCAAUUGUACAUAAUAUAUUUUAUACAUGAU